AUUACGAAUUUCUUUCCUCUGGGACGACACUACGAUCCAAGUAAAUUAUAAACCCGACACACAGCCACGCCCACUUCAUCGCCAACUACGCCCCCGCCCAUUCAGACGCCAUUUUCAUUAUAUUCUAGGACAAAAUAUAAGACGAAAUUUCGUGAUAAACACAUUCGCAAACAGACUUAAUUGAUGUUUCCAAAAAAAACCUUUCGAAUUGUCAUCAACAUUUAAGCCGCAAAACUGUUGCAAAAAUAACAAUAAAAAUUGACAGCCACAUGCUAAUGAAGGUAAGCGUUCGCCAAAAAUGAACCUGAUGAGGUUUAUUAGGCUUUUGCUUGAUUGCCGAACGAGCAGCGGUUACAAUACAACAAAUGUCCGAAAUGGCCGAAAACGUGUUUCCAUAAAAAUCACCUCCAAAAUGUCCGUCACGUGAGACGAUCGGAACGGAUCGGUGAUGAGUCAGCGACCCAUGCGCCCCGAAGCGAUUUCAGUAUAUACUCUUAUAUGUAUAUAUUCGCGGUACUCAUUAAUAAACCACAAACAUAUGCGCUGUCGGGUAUCCGAAUGUACGAGUAUGUAAACUGGAGGCGUUUACCCUUGACCAUGUUUUGACAACCAACAUUACCACAUGGUCAGCAUCGAGGGACCGAGAGGACCGUUAGGAGCCGGGACAACCCAAUCCCGAUACAAUAUAAUCCGAAACAAUCGAUCUAUUGCCCUAUACCUGGGUAAUAACUCACUUUUGGCAUGUGCUGAUUGACGGACAGAUGUUUCCACAGGGGUUCCGAUAUCGGUACCUACAUAUGUAUGUACAUCUUUACCUGGUUCUGGCUAUGUUCAGAUUUCUCCAGAUUCUGUCGACUUGUUUACGAAAGUCACACACAAAACGUGGUAGCAAAAUGGUAAUACGAAGCCCUUCAAACGCGGCAUUGCCAGCUCAAAAAACCCAGGAAUUGGCAAUCGUAAUUGGCUAAAAAUAGUAAAAAGGAUCGAAGAUUGUGAGCCAAAUUUAUGCAAGAUGCCUUAUCUAUACGGAAUAGCGGACACCAAGUUCCUUCACCAGAAGGUGAAAACGAAGGUCAAGGUCCGUUCGGAGAUGCCGCCCACCACGUUUCGACGGAACGAUUUACUCAAGGGUUGCCCCAAAUACGAUAAGGACGACGUACCCAUACAGUUCAGGACAUCACCCGAUUCCCUCGUAGAGCUGUGCUCCAUUGUGGUGGAUAAGCUGCCAAUACCAUCUAUCUUCGAGUGGGAUGAUAUGGAUAUCAGGCGAUGGAUUAAUGGAUAUGGUUAUCCUCAGUAUAUGAACACCUUUCGUGUGAAUAUGAUCACGGGACGAAAGCUGCUCUUGCUGGACGCCUCUGCUCUGUCUGCCAUGAACAUCAAGGACUUCGAUCACAUCCGGCAUAUAACCUAUGCUAUCCGGAUGCUCUUCCACUUCGAGCUUACCAAGUUCUCCUCCAGUAUUUCACUGCCUGAUGAGAAACCCAACGAGCUUUACCUGCUGUUCCACACGCAGACUGGAGUUAACUACGAUGAGGUGCGGAGGUCGGAUCUCUACCGAAGGAUGCAGAUCCUCCGGGAGAGGGCCCGCAACCUGGAUCACUGGGAUCUGCUGUAUAUGUGGUUGCGCAGGGAGCAGGAGCGCAAGUACAAGGAGCUUAUUGGAAUGGUUCCGCGGGCCAAGAUGUACGAGUGCGAUACGGAGGUGGAGAAGGCGGAGCAGUCGCCACCGGAAAUGGAACUCGAGGAGCUCAUGUGCAUGACGUGCAUCCCACCGUGCGAUUGCGACUGGACCGAAAGGGAUCUCCGGUUGCCAUGGCGAAUGGAAUGCCUGGCUCCCCUGCUGGCCACCACCAUGAGCAAGUGGAACUCCAUGCAGGCCCAGUGCCCCACGUGCAUUCCGCCAUGCGAGUGCCGCUGGCCACCGCGUUACUACCUUACGGGCACCGUCAUCCGUUGUCUCCAGAAGCGUUUCCCGGAGAAGUUCUGCCCCAUCUUCGACGAGCGGUACAGGGCGUCACCACGUCCCAGUCUUGUGGAGCGCUGGACCCGCUUCUCCAUUUGAUUCGCAGCUUCUGGAAACUCUAGAUGUAUAUAUUUUAUAUGGUCUGAGUUUCGGGUCGUUAAUCCUAACGAAACUAUACAAAUUAAUACAGCUGAAUUUUUGGAUUUCAUUUUAAUGGCUUUUCAAUUAUUGAGGUCUAUGUACCUUUAAAACCUAAAAUUAACCUUUAUUUUAUAUGGGCUGUAUUUCGGAUCUUUGAUCCUAACGAAACUACAAAUAUUUAUUUA